UGACAAGUGACAACCAUCGCGGGCUUUACUUCGUAGUCUGUGUACGGGCAAACAAUUGCGUGUUUGGAUUGGAAAGAAGAUUUUACCGAUUUUAUUUCUAGGAAAAUCGCGGGACCAGACAAAUUUAUCAAACACAUUCAAAAGUUUGAAAAUUUUACUUAAACAAACUUUGUUGUGCGCAUUGUGGCUGACUGGCUGUUCAGAUUUAUGAUCCUUUCGAUGUGGUUUGAUUCAAAAAUCAUUUACUGAUUUUUAUUUGCUUUUUUUUAGUAGAGAAAAGUUAGUAUAAUGGCACAAGCAUCUUGCAAUCAAGAAGAAUUAGACAACGGAACAUGUAGUUUGAGUGACAAGGAACCAGCACCUAGAGUACAACAUUGUACUUUGAUUCCUAAUAAAAAUGAAUCAGAAAAUCAAAUGAAAGUUCUUUCGAAUCGAAAGGAAAUCAAACUUAUAAAUAAGUCACACUUAAAAAUUUGUUCUAAUCCAGAUUGUGAAAGUAAAGAUAAUCUUAGGUUUGCGCCAUAUUUUGUCUGUGCUUACUUUGGUCUUUUAGUUGAAAAAUUUAAUGUGAGAAGGGUUUGCCAGAGAUGUUACAGGGAUGCAGAAAACCAUCAAAGUGUUUUAGUGAAAAUGCUGGGUGAUCAUAAAAGUAUUGUUUUGGGACCUAAGAAACCAAAAAAUCAAAUGGUUACAAUUGAUGACGAAGAAUGUUCUGAGGAUUCUACAGAAAGUCCUGAAGAAGUGGAAAUAGAAGGAGAUAUUGACAACUUUGUGAAAUACCUAGUAGAGAAGUACAGAUUUGAAGAACAAGUUGAUGCCUCAUUAAAUCAUUUAGAGAAAAGGUGGAUAAAUAAUAAAGAUAAAAUGGCAGAACUAGACAUAUCCCAUUCUAAGUUAGAGAAGAAUUUGGAUUCUUUACGCAAAGAACUGUACAAGUCCCAUGAGCCAAAAAUCUGUCUUGUUGAUUCAAUCGAUGUUGAUACACAUGGGAAUGUUACAAAGCAUAACAGUACUUCCAGCACAGUGGAAGCAAUACAACCAUUGAUGCCAACUUGCAAACAAACUGCCCUUCCUCCAAAUGGAAUGUUUAUUCAUACCCAAAUCAAAGCAAAUCAGGCUAUUUAUGCUAUGAGAUCUUCUCUUUUGGCACCCUGGGGUAAAGGACGUGUGAUAAGGAUAAAAGAAAAUACGGAAAUGAUGUAUGUUAUUCGGUUCGAUACGGGGGGUAAACCUCGAACAUUCCCUUUAAAAUAUUUAGCGUACGCCGAGUCAAGUCCUGUUCAGUUAACCGUGGGAGCUCGUGUAAUCGCACAAUACGUUGAAGACAAAGAUGGUAAACUAAAACCAUCGUCUUAUUAUGCGGGCGUAAUUGCUGAAGCACCGAAAACUCUCAAUCAAUAUCGAUACCUUGUGUUUUUUGACGAUGGGUAUGCGCAGUAUUGUACACAUGAACAGGUUACAAUGGUAUGCCAAAGCUCACGAGAUGUUUGGCAAGAUAUACACAUGAACUCCCGCUCUUUCGUGUUAAAUUACCUCAAACAGUACCCCGAACGAGCCAUGGUAAAAUUGCAACGAGGUCAAACGGUUAAAACUGAAUUGAAUGGAAACUGGUUUCAAGGGCGAGUAGAGACUGUUGACGCAUCCUUAGCUAACAUUUAUUUCCCGUCCGAAAAUCGUUUUGAGUGGAUAUACAGAGGAUCGACUCGCCUCCAUCCCCUUUUCGAUCUGUUAGCAAAUGCGGAAGCAAGAAAAAAUCAAGGAGCAACGAGACCUACACAUAAUAUGGCUCUUGUUCAUAAGAAAAAGAAUGCUCCUUAUGUUGAAUAUACUCGUGGGGAUGUUGAUCGUUCUCCUCCACCGAGUAUAGCUCCAUUAUCGUUGUCUUCUGCACCAUCUCCGUCAACAGAGUGUGUAGUUCGAGCUGUUGCCCGUAAGAGCACUUCAAAAGUCCUUAAACCGAAUUCCGUUUCAUCCGUGACGCCUCUGCUUGUCGAUGAAUUAACCGUUAAUGCCGAACACAAAGGACGAUUUAAGUUCCGACUAAACGAAUCAUAUAAAAAUGUUGCUUUUGAGCCCCACCAGUGUAAUAGUAAGUGUAUCGAGGAAUUUCCUUAUGCGGAUGGAGACAACAAAAAUCUCAAUCCACUUUCUAUUCCAAUGUUAUGUGGCUGGUCUCGAGAAGUGGCUAAACAAAGACAUGGAGAACGCCUUAGUAUUAUAUACCGAGCCCCUUGCGGUCGCCGAAUGAGGAAUAUGGAUGAAGUUCAUCGUUAUAUCCGUUUAACAGGAAGUCAACUUGGCGUUGAUCUUUUCUGCUUUGACAAUUUUGUUCAUUGUUUUACUGAGUUUGAGCCAGAAGUCGUCUACAGUAAAAUUAACGAUAUCACGUAUGGCAAGGAAAAUGUUCGAGUAUCUUGUGUUAAUUCAAUUGAUCGCAGCAAUCCUGAAUACGUUGAAUACAGCACUGAGCGCAUCCCUCGAGAGGGUGUGAAUCUGAAUUUAGAUCCGAAUUUUCUUGUUUGUUGUGACUGUACGGACGAUUGUCAGGAUAAAGAAAAAUGUCAGUGUUGGCAACUAACGAUUAAGGCUACUGCGCUGGGCCCUAGUGGAAAAAUUGAUCCAACUGCUGGAUAUAAUUAUCGUAGGCUCAUGCAGAAUGUUGUCACUGGUGUCUACGAAUGUAAUUCUCGAUGUUCGUGCCGUAAAACUUGCAUUAAUAGAGUUGCACAGAGACCUUUGCAUUUGCGUUUGCAAUUGUUUCGAACCGAGAGACGUGGUUGGGGCAUUCGUUGUUUGGAUGACAUACCCAAAGGUCAAUUCAUAUGCGUAUAUGCAGGACAACUUCUAACUGAACAAGAAGCCAACGAGGAUGGAAAGCAAUUUGGCGAUGAAUAUCUGGCGGAGUUGGACCUUAUUGAAAGCAUUGAACAAGCCAAAGAUGGCUACGAAAGUGACGUUGACAUUGAUAUUGAUCAUCAAAGUGAUAUUUCUCAAUCGUCCGGCAGUGAUUUUUCAUAUUUAUCAGACGAUUCAGGGGAGUUUUCAGAUAUUUCAGAAUCAAAAAGUUUGGUGCCAGGACAAGGACAUGAGAACAAAAAUGACAGUUCUGAGAAAUUAUCCGCGCACACAUUAUCUUCUACAGCUGUUAGAAUAAUUCAGAAAGAUGACUGUCAAAAGAAGACACGUGAAUUAUAUGGUCCAAAUGAGCAUUGCUACGUUAUGGAUGCCAAGAGCACCGGCAACAUAGGAAGAUAUUUAAAUCACUGCUGUAAACCAAAUGUGUUUGUACAGAAUAUUUUCGUCGAUACGCAAGAUUUGCGAUUUCCUUGGGUUGGAUUCUUUGCUCACGUUUUCAUUCGUGCUGGUACGGAGCUCACUUGGGAUUAUAGUUACCAAGUUGACAGUGUACCGGACAAAAAGUUAUUUUGUCAUUGUGGUGCAAAAGAAUGUAGGGGAAGAUUACUCUAGUUUCAAGCCGUUGUAUUUCUCGAUUUUCUCAAUAAAUCGUCCCACCUAAA